ACAGAAAUAUAAAUAGCUCCUGAAAACAACAAAGUGCUACACUUUUCAGCUGCUGCCCAAAGCAACAUGAAGAUUUUUCUUCUUCUGGUGGCUGUUGAGCUUUGCUGGGCUCAAUAUAACCCAAAUCUAGAGUCUGGAAGGACAUCUAUUGUCCACCUCUUUGAAUGGCGUUGGGCAGACAUUGCUCUUGAAUGUGAACGAUACUUGGCACCAAAUGGAUAUGGUGGAGUUCAGAUCUCCCCACCAAAUGAAAAUAUUAUCAUUACAAAUCCAUGGAGGCCAUGGUGGGAAAGAUACCAGCCCAUCAGCUACAAGCUAUGCUCACGAUCUGGAUCUGAGGAUGAGCUUAGAAACAUGGUGACCCGGUGCAACAACGUUGGAGUCCAUAUUUAUGUGGAUGCUGUCGUCAACCACAUGUGUGGAAGUGGAGGUGGAGCUGGUACCCAUGCAACAUGUGGAAGCUAUUUUAAUGCAGGGACCCGGGAUUUUCCUGCUGUUCCUUAUUCAGCUUGGGAUUUCAAUGAUGGGAAAUGCCAUACUGGAAGUGGAGAUAUUGAAAAUUAUGGUGAUAUUUAUCAGGUUCGCAACUGUCGCCUUGUUAGUCUUCUCGAUCUCGCACUCGAGAAGGACUAUGUCCGCUCCACUGUUGCAAAUUAUAUGAACACCCUGAUAGAUAUGGGAGUUGCAGGAUUCCGACUUGAUGCUUCAAAGCACAUGUGGCCUGGGGACAUUAAGGCUUUCUUAGACAAGCUACAUAAUCUGAAUACUAAAUGGUUUCCUGAAGGGACAAAACCAUUCAUUUUUCAAGAGGUGAUUGAUCUGGGAGGAGAGCCAAUCACGUCUGAUCAAUACUUUGGCAAUGGUCGGGUAACUGAAUUCAAAUAUGGUGCAAAACUAGGGACAGUCAUCCGCAAGUGGAAUGGAGAAAAGAUGUCUUAUUUGAGGAACUGGGGAGAAGGCUGGGGUUUUAUGCCUUCUGACAAAGCCCUAGUCUUUGUUGAUAAUCAUGACAACCAGAGGGGACACGGUGCUGGAGGAGCUUCCAUUUUGACUUUCUGGGAUCCCAGGCUUUACAAAAUGGCAGUUGGAUUUAUGCUUGCUCACCCAUAUGGCUUUACACGUGUAAUGUCAAGUUACCGGUGGGAAAGGAAUUUUGUGAAUGGACAGGAUCAGAAUGACUGGAUUGGGCCUCCAAGCAAUCCUGAUGGGUCAACUAAAUCGGUCCCAAUCAAUCCAGACACCACCUGUGGUGAUAACUGGGUCUGUGAACAUCGAUGGCGUCAAAUAAGAAACAUGGUUAUUUUCCGCAAUGUAGUCAAUGGAGAGCCUCAAGUCAACUGGUGGGAAAAUGGUAACAAUCAGGUGGCAUUCGGGCGUGGCAACAAAGGAUUCAUCAUCUUUAAUAAUGAUGAUUGGGACUUAUCUAUAAAUCUGCAAACUGGGCUUCCUGGAGGCACGUACUGUGAUAUCAUUUCUGGGGAGAAAGAGGGGAACAGAUGCACUGGCAUUACAGUUAAUGUCCAAAAUGAUGGCAUGGGCUAUUUUCAGAUCAGGACCUCGGCAGAAGACCCAUUUAUUGCUAUUCAUGUGAAUGCUAAAUUGUAAUUGGACCUGGACAAAUAUCUCACCUUGCUCUUGUUUUCCUAAAGCAUUUCUGUGUGACAUAGAAUAAUAUAGAAUCCCUCAAAACAAUAAAUAGUUUCAAUAUUCAUAAA